GCGGCCAGCGACCCUUAUUUACCGAGCUCAAAAUGGCUGCCCUUCGUAUUUUCACACGCUCGUGCUUUCCAGCGAUUUUGCAAGGUCCCGUCGCUCUACAGUCGGUGAAGUGCGCUUCCCCGACUAUCACCGAGAUUUAUAAGAGAUGGAGUAGUUACAAAUCUUCUCCUAAAUACAAAGAUCCUUCUUAUUAUACCGACUACGAUAUAUCUAAUGAUCCGGUAGAAUGGAGCUAUGUAGAACGUUUAAUGAGAUAUAAGGUCAUACCACAACCAAAAACUACUGAUACAAAUUUACCUUCAGGAUGGAAACCAGCCACUGCAAAACCCAGUGAUCAUCCUUAUUUUAUACAACGUACAAAAAACCAUAUGCUACCUAUUUAUCUACAAAUAAAAUUUAGAGGUAUGAGAAAAGUAACACAUAUACGUAAAAUACAGGGAGAUAUUUGGAAAUUAGAGGAAGAAUUAAAGAAAUAUAUUAAAGAGACAACAAAUAAAACAGUUGGUAGUAGGAUAAAUGAAAUGUGUGGUGAUAUUAAGUUUAGAGGAGAUUAUGUAUCUUGCGUUAAAAAAUGGUUACUAGCUAAAGGUUUCUAAAUUUGUCAAUGUAAAUUUUGUUUUAUAUUAUAAAUAUAAGAGUUAGAACAUUUAUAAUGUAAAUACGAUUACAUAGGAACUGUUACAACAAAAUACUUUUAUGUAUAUUUGUAAAAAUAAAAUAUUGUAUCACCUUAUAA